AUGGCGAUCCGGCGGGCCCUCGUCCUCCCCCUCGUCCUCGUCCUCCUCCCUGCACUGAUCUCGGUGACCCGGGCCUUCUCGGCAGAUAGCCCGACGGAUCGCCGGCUCCUGGUCCUGGUGGACGACCUGGCCGUCCGCUCUUCACACUCCAUCUACUUCCGGUCGCUCGAAUCCCGGGGCUAUGACCUCCAGUUCCGGCUCGCUGAUGACCCCAAGCUAGCUCUGCAGCGCUACGGCCAGUACCUCUAUGAUGGGCUCGUCUUGUUUUCCCCCUCCGCCAAGAGUGAGUCAUACAUUUGGUACCUUCCUCUUUUUCCCUAGCUGUAUAACGCUGGGGCAUUGUGGCGGUGUUCUAUCGAUCUGAUCUCGUUUUGCUCUUUGGAUCUUUCUCCAUGUAUGUUUCUUUCCCAUAAAUUUGUGGUUUGAUGAAUCCACUGUUGAUCUCUGUUUCUUUCCAUGUACGAACAUUUUCUCACAUUAUAUCUUGUGGAAUUUACAUUUACGAUAUAGAUGCGUCAAUUGAAGGGGAAUUUGACCAUAUUUUCGUAACCCUGUACUCUGUGGUAUCUUUGUCAGAGUUUGGUGGCUCUGUGGACCUUACGGCGGUGUUGGAUUUCGUGGAUUCGGGGCAUGACUUGAUCUUGGCGGCGGAUCCAUCCGCAUCAGACUUGAUCCGGGAUAUUGCCACAGAGUGCGGUGUGGAUUUUGAUGAGGCAGGGGGAGAAGAUUUAUUUCGUAUCAGUAUUGCACUUUCUACUUUGAUGCACUAUGAUCGGCAUGAUCAUAAGGAAAACUUCUCGUUCGAUUUCAGGAUCCUGCCUCAGUGGUUGUUGAUCAUGUUGGCUAUGCAGUAUCAGAGACUAAUCUGGAUCAUACGCUGAUUGCUAGUGAUGACUUCAUUCAAUCUGAUGUCAUUUUGGGCUCAGAGAAGAUCAAGGUAGACAUUCAUCCAUAUCUACUUUUGUCUCAUAUGGGUAUUUUUACUAUCAUCUGCCCUUUAUUUCUUUGUUUUUAAGAAGUUGUCUCAUCUUGGCUGCUAUUUAUUUUUGAAAAGAUCUCGCUUCGUCUUUGGGGGACUUCAGGACGCUCUCUGUCUAGGUUCAAUGCAUCUUAUUCUAACUAUUUAGUGUUCUUGUCUUUUAGAUUCUCGCAGAUUCUGGUCAUGGAGUUGGUUUCCAGUGUCGUCCAAGGCCAUAAAUCAUUGACUACAAUAGUAGUUGGUAUUGAUGUAGUCUAGGCUGUCAUGUGUUAGAAACACUGUUGAUUUCUCAAAUACUUGAACCAUCAUUUGACCAGAUUUUUAGGUAGGAUGGAUACUUGAAUCCAUGAAUGUGAAGUAAUCAAAAUGCAGCUGCGUCUGAUUGAAGAUUUUUAUAAAUUGAAAAAUGAUGGAAAUCAUAAAGACAAUGUAAAUGGUUGAUGUUUGUCUAUACAUGGUGUCUUUUCCAUGCCAUAUUUCUAUUAUACAACACAGUUUUGAGAGCUCCGUGGAUGUUUUUAUAUUAUUCUCUAUUUACUUGUUUCUCUUAAAGUUUGCAAGUGUUAAAAAUGCUUUCAGAGCUUGUUAUCUCAUAGUUUUUGAAAAAUUUAAAGUUGAUGAUGAUUGAAGGAAAAUAGACUAUGCUGUACUAUACUUUUAUGGUCACUUGACACCUACAUAUAACUGGUCGUCUAUAUGGCAUCCACAGAAUCUUUUCUUGUUGUGAGUGAUGAUUCUUUCAAUUGGGUGUGUGAUCAUACACGUCUUUGUCAACACGUUUGGUUUGGUUUUGUAUUAUUUUACAAUAGUUAUAAUUGACCUAUAUUAUACUCACAUCUUAUUGGCCAUGUAAGGGUUAUAUUUCGUAUUUUAGUAGACUAGUUACUUGCAUUCAACUGCCUGAUCACUAAUGUGUGAAUCAUUCAUUGAUGGUUACUUCUUUUUGCGGUUGGGAAGGAAGUAGUUUCUAGGAAGUAGACUAUCCUAGUGAUAGUUGUCCUUGAUAAGAAAGGGGCAAAAAAAUUAACUACAAAGGUGUUGAAGAAAAUAGUUAGGUCCAAAAGUGAAAAAAGGAAACCAUUCUUCUUGUUAUCCCCAUUAAUGUCGAAAAUUGGUCGACUUUUUGAGCUUCAUUAGGGUUCUAUGUUGUCUUUGGCCUUCCAGUUUGGAAAUCUCCGAGUUUUCUUACGUAUAAUUGGAGGUAGCUGAAUACGAGUUGAACCAUUUGGUUCAUGGAGCCCUAUAUCCAACACUUUAGGUGUCAUCAUGUUCUGUGUGGAGAAAAAUGCUCCGCAUCUUGAUGUAAAGAAGACGGAAAUGUAGAAAAAUAAUUUCAUCUCAAAGCUGAAAGUAAUUUUAUCUGGAUGUAAAGAUGCUCCCUGGAACAUAGUUGAGAGUGGUGGAGUUAACUACAAACUAAUCAUCAACCAUCUGCCUUACAUAAUACAUGUGUCACGGCUUCAAUUCUAUGUUGAUAAAUCCCUAGUCUUCAACAUUUUUAGAUUAGUGAAUAUGUCGUACUCUUCACACCAAACGAAAGUCAGUAAUCCCUAAAGUCAUCCUUUCAUCGUAUGUUAAAGGGGCUUUUACAUAUUCGUAUGAAGAUGAAUCAUUGUUAUUCACAUGAUGAUCAGCUGAUUGUCGAUAUCUUCAGUUGUUUAUAGAGUGGACAAUUCUUUUAUACAUUCCUCAGUUGAUUAUAGAUUGGAUAAUCGUUUUUUAGAUGUUUUCCGAGUCAUCCUAUUCGACCUAUGAAAUUUUAAUCAACCAAUGAACUCCUCUGUUUAGUAUUAUUGAAUUAUUUAUUUUUAUCUCCUUUUAAUUGCACCAACUGCUUUGCUUCUAUAUUUAAACCAAAGAUUACAAUAUGCUUACAAUAGGAACCUGAUUGCACUAUGUUCAGUUGUUCUCAAUAUUUAUUCUUUAUUCACUUAUAGUGAAUAACAAAGAUGAGUGAAAUAGAGGUUAAAAGCAAGCCAUCAUCUUGUUCUUACAGAACGUGUCUUCCAACUGUACUACGUUAAAAUUACUUGUAUAAUGUUCUCUCCAAAUUGAUGAUGCAGUGCCCUUUCAAGCGUAGCAUUAUUCUCACUGGUGGUAAUCGUAUAUAUGUGGAGCAGGUUCAAACUAGACAGUUUUGGGAAAAACUGAAAUCUAUAACCCAUCUCAUGAGAUAAUUGGAAAUAUUUUGGAGAGACUUGUUUAGCUCAAGCACAGAAAUCCUGUAUUUAAACAGUAUCUGAUGAAUUUUACAUGAACAACUCUUAAUAAAUAUGUACCAUGCCAUGCACAAAGGAAAAUACAAUUCAACUUUUCAGCUGGUUGGAGCCUGGUCAAUCUUGUGAACCAUGACCAAGUUCAAGCCAAAAAAAGUUAUGCUACUUUUCAAUAGGAUGUUUUGGCUUUUGUGUUGGGUUAAUGUGGUGGAAAAAUUCUACUUCUCUUUUCUGUUCCGUCAUUAACCUACUCAUUGAAAGCAGUAUUUAUUACAGAUUAAAAGAAAAAGUGUUUCCGUAAACUUGCCCCCAUAAUUGUCAUGACAUGCCUGAAGUAAAUAAUUUUAUAUUUUUUUAUUGCUUGCGUUCUAUCAACUUUUGUUUACUCUGUUGUUUUGUUUCUUAUUCAGCCACUGAUCUCACUGUAAAAUAAAUCAUGCAGGCCCCUGUGCUUUUUCGUGGGAUUGGCCAUUCCUUGAAUCCUACCAAUACUAUGGUGAGAUCUUCUAUUUUCUAUUUUUAUGUUUGUUUCAUUUUUCAAACAUGAAGGACUUUUAGAUGCAAUCGAAUUUGUCCUAUUUUAUUCGUUAGCUCAGUAGGCUGCAUUCGUUUCACCCUCUCAUGGUUUAAUAUGUUUAUUUCACAGGUUGUGAAAGUCCUAUCUGCCUCUCCUUCAGCAUAUUCUGCAAAUCCAAAGACUAGGCUGUCAAAGGCCCCAUCUCUUACUGGAUCUGCAAUUUCGUUAGUUUCUGUUGUGCAGGUAGUAUUGGGCUUCCUUUCAGUUCUUUUGUGGAAUAAUCUUUUUUUAUCAUUUUUUAAAUCACCAUAGAAACUUUUCGGAUCUCCGGAUUUAUUUUGGAAAGAGUCUUUCAUACGUGUUAGUUGGGUUACUUUAUUUCUGUAGUCAUUGCUGGGCCUUCAUGUAGUCAUUGAUAAAGGUUCGUGUCUCGCUUGGUUUUCGUAAUUAGGAUCGUCUAUCAUUUGUUAGCACUUCUGUUGCUGUAGACAUGAUAAUAGAACUUCGAAGUGGUGCACCGUUGCAACCAUGCCAUAAGUUAACUCAGUUCAAAUGAAAGUACCAGUGCCUCUUUUAGAUAGUUCUAUUUUCCAGUUUAUGCCAGUUGCUGACUUAUUUCCUUUACAGUUUAGAUCACGUGUUUUGGAAAAUUCAAUGAGGUUGUUUAUAGAUUUUACUGAAUCGCAGUCAUACUCCUAUAUUUGAACAAUGGAAAUGCAUGAGUAAAAAUUUUAGAUAAUUUGAUCCUCCCAGAGCUUACUUGACUAAUCUCGGACCAACAGAUCUUAUCUAGAAUCCAGAAUUUGUCAAAGUUUCUAAUCUUAAUAUAUUCUUCUAGUAUAUAGAAGGGAAAAAUAAUUCAUCUACUUUCUGUUCAGAAUGCAUUAAGGGUUACGACAGUGGAUUUUUUUGCCUCGGUAAAUGGUUGUUGGUUAGAAGAUUACUCUGAUUUAAACUGUUGGUAUUUAGUUGAAUGCAUUUCUUUUCUUGUUGUCAGAAAAGUUUGGUUGGGUUAUGCUCAAAUGAUUUUGUGAGUGGCAAUAACUAGUGACAGAAGCACUGUCAAUCCACUGUCGUUGUCAGGCUGCAUUAUGUUUCUUAUUUGAAUAGUCAUUUUGCUUGAAUCCAGCAUUUCCUUCAUUUGACGUUGACUUACAUAUCUAAAACUGAUACAAAGAUAUAACUUUAUAUUCGCUAAUAUCAAUGGCGUUUUCAUCUGACAUUUACCCUCUGUAUAGAUCUUGCCUGUUUAAAGAUUUUAGAUCAUUGAUAAUUUGAUGUGCUACCUUUAUUCCACAGGCGAGGAACAAUGCUCGAAUAUUAAUUUGUGGUUCUCUGGACCUGUUUAGUGAUCGGUAUUCUCUUCUUUCAUUUUCUAUUGAGUUUCCAUAAAAUCACCAAUCCACUUAUAAAUGUGCGAAACACUGUAAUCAGGUUUUUCAAGUCUGGUGUGGAGAAGUUCAAGAGUUUAACAAAGUAAGUGAAUCUUCAUCACUUAUUCAAUUCCAGUUGCUUUUUUCAAAGUGGUUUGCUCAAUAUCUUUCCUACUGUCCAUUGAAAAUCUUGUCGUACCUUGAUUUAAUCUGGUGACUUUUCCUUUAUGCGUGAUGCCUUUGGAUAAUUCAUUAUUACGCACACGUUUCUAUGGAAGUUAAUCAAUGAAGUUCUGCAAUUGAUCUUGUUUCCUCUUUGCUCUCAUGACGUCAAUUGUCAGAAAUGACCUUCCCUUCUCUUGGAAGGGUAUUGAAUUUCUUGGUGGCAGUUGAAACUCGCCAUCUCCCCUCAAAGUAUAAAGUUUUCUCCUUGGGAUUUGUGUUUGGAUAUGGGGAUGCAACCAAUAAUAGCCCAAAUCAGUGGAUUUGGAUUGGAGUUGGUUGAUUUCAAAAAUAUGUUUAUAAUGCCUUGGGCAACAACGUCAUGUUCCAGAUUGUGCUGAAUUUAUGAUGGAGUGGAACAUUUCUUGCCCAGCUUGUAGUUUCUCUCCUUCUGAUCUGUCAGUUGAUUGUAAGAUAAACCUGAUAUCCAUCGAGAUUAAUUUUCCUGCGGAAUGUUUUCAGGCAUGAAAAAUCCGGCAAUGAGCAAUUUGCAGUUGAAAUCAGCAAAUGGGUUUUCCACGAAAGGGGCCACCUCAAGGCAAGACAACUCUAUUUCCUCCACACCGUUGAAUAUGCGGAUUUCUCUACCACCUUCUUAGUGGCAUUUUACGUCGUUAGCUGCCAUGAAAAAAUUAGUUGAUACGCAGUUGUAGACAAUUUUCCUACUGGAAACCUGGAAAAACACUGCAAAUAAUGUGGGCAGUUUUAUUGCGACAUUCUAGGCUUAAAGUAUCAUAUGUUCUCACCAGGCCAUCAAUGUCAGGCAUCAUAAAGUUGGCGAAGUUGCAGAGCCCCCAAUGUACCGAAUCAAAGACGAUCUGGUAAUUACUCUCGAAUUUUUAAUUUCUCCAGAGAAACUGUUGUAGAUCUCACGCAGUGAUCGAGAGGGUGAUGCGAUGGAGGCGGCAAUUUCUCUCUCACACUUCUUCUCUUCUGGUUGAAGGAGUACUCAGUUGAGAUUUACGAGUGGUCUGGAACGAGCUGGAAGCCCUAUGUUGCUGAUGAUGUUCAGGUCCAGUUCUACAUGAUGAGUCCCUACAUCUUGAAGACCCUAUCGAAUGAUCAGAAGGUACAAUCAGAAAAGCACCUACCGGUCAUCUGGAAGUCGCACGUAUUGGAAGAUAAAACCCACCCUGUGACCAAACGUCCGACCCACCCUCUUCUCCCUUGCAGGGGCUUUACUCGGCAUCAUUCAAGGUUCCUGACGUCUAUGGGGUCUUCCAGUUCAAGCUGGAGUACCAAAGGCUGGGAUACAGCACCCUAUCUCUCUCAAAGCAGGUAUGGCAACCCACCCUACACGCCUAUUCCUCCAGAGCGUCUUGGAUAGAGUUUCUCUGCAGCUGACGCACCUUACCCUUUGAGUUGCAGAUCCCCGUCCGUCCGUUCAGGCACAACGAGUAUGAGAGGUUCAUACCAGCUGCUUACCCCUACUAUGGGGGAUCAUUCUCUACGGUGAGUGCACUGCUUAGGUGUUAAUGUUCUGGAUGAGCUUGUUAAAUUGGAGAUACCUCUAAAGAAAGCCUCCUCUUGCCUUGCAGAUGGCUGGGUUCUUUCUCUUCAGCGUUGUGUACCUGUACAACAAGUAA